AUGUCUACAUCGACUGUAUCGGAGAAGACCAUCUUCAAACAGGCAGGAUACAGAAGGCCCUUGCACUGGGUUUUCAAAAUCGGCUCACUUGAAAAAUCCCUUGAGUUCUACCAGAACGUUUUUGGGAUGCAUGUUCACAGGCAUGAAGAAUUUGCUUCGGGUUGUGAAGCCACCUGCAAUGGGCCAUAUGGUGGCGCUUGGUCCAAGACCAUGAUCGGCUAUAAGACCGAAGAGAGCAACUUUGCUUUGGAACUUACCUACAACUAUGGGAUCGACUCGUACAUGAGCGGAAAUGACCUUCGCUAUAUCGCCUUGAGGGCUUCAGCAUUGAAAUCCGAUCCUUCAAAGUUGGGUUACAAGACCGAAACGGAUCCUAGUACGGGAAACAAGAUUGUAACUGGGCCAGAUGGCUACAAGUUCAUGGUUGUCGACACUUCUGAAGGAAAUAAGGAUGAACCGUUCCUCUUCGUGAGCAUCAAUGUACAAAACCUGGACAAGGCGCUGAACUUUCAUACUAAAGUGUUGGGUGCACAAGUGUUCCAAAGCACGCCGGGAGCCUUGGGCUCGGCUAAGAGUGCUGUCAUCGGGUUCUCGGAUAAGGGAACCAGGUUGGAGCUGGUGGAGCUUCCAAAUCAACAAUCUGUCGAUCAUGCGCUGGCUGCGGGAAGGUUUGCGACAGAGACAGAAGAUGGAGCGCCAUCUUACAUGGGAGAGAAAGUCAAAUCAGCUGGUGGAAAAAUCUUGCAUGGACCAAUCAAGCUCCAGCCUCACAACGAGGAAGUUGUUAUUGUUGAGGAUGUAGACGGCUAUGAAUAUUGCUUCGUGGAUGCGCGUGGGUAUACCAAUUGUGUGAAUGUGGCAUAUGCCGAAGGGGGUCGAGAGGUCGAUUGGGAUUUUCGCAACCGCCUUGAAACAGCAUCUCGAUCUACAAAGAAUGCAAAGCUCGAAGUAGCUAAAGUUCUGGCUAGAAACUACAACAAAGCAGAGGUCAAGACCAAAGUGGAAGACAAGAUCAAGGACAACGGAGCAGUAGUGUUCAGUCAAACUUCCUGCCCAUUCUGUGCUAAAGCCAAGAAGACCUUGUCAGACCUCGGCGCCAAGUAUGAGGUUGUCGAACUAGAUAAAUUAGGUGACGAGGGAUAUGCCUGGCGCGUUGAGCUAGCAGAAAUAACUCAGAGUGGCACUGUUCCGCAGGUCUUCAUAGGAGGAAAGUUUGUUGGAGGAUUCUCUGACGGUGUCGAGGAACUUGUUAAGGAGGGCAAGUUGAAGCCCAUGCUUGAGCAGGCUGGGGCAAUGUAAUGCAACCUCACAAACGAUGACACAAUGAAAUAUAGAGAAUGACAGGCUUUCUUCAAUCUUGAAAGAAAUUAGCCCUACUCU